GAGAUUGUAUUUCUGCAAAUUGUCCAGAUGCUAUAUCCUGCACUGGUGCCUCCUUUCCCAGAGACUCCGCUGACCUGGUCUGGGCCAGGCACCACUUGGUUUCUACUUUUCCUUGAUCUCCUCCUGGAAAUAGAACAGCACCUGCUCCAUCAUGGUGGAUACUGUACAACCUACUGGAUCCGAUCAUCCAGGAUGGAGCAGAUCAGCUUAUUCAGCCCUUUCCUACAAGAGACAUCAAAGGAGCAUCCAGGAAGGCACAGAGGGAGGCACCCCCUGCUUGCGGCACCCUCAGCCAGGUCCUGGCCAAUCUGGUCCCCAGGACAAGCAGGGACACUGUGCAGGACAACGCAGUGCUCAUGAAGUGGUAGGGGGAGGGAGGCAGAGCCCACUCCAAAACCGUCCCAAGCCCCAGCUGCUGGCCCUUUGAACCUCCUUCACAUCCUCUGUGCUUUGUAGCUGAGCCAGCUCUCGUAACAUUACAGCUUGGGUGUGGCAGGAGGCUGAAGGUGCCAGGGCUCCUGGGCACCAGAGCACAUGGAAUCCGGAGAGGUAUGGCUGCAGUGAGGCCCCUGGGUAUGCCUGCUGUCCCUGCAGUUCCACAGCUCCGUGGCACUCCAUGGCACUCCGUGGCUGUAGCUGGGGGACAAGUGCAGACAGGUGGGAGGAGAGGUGAUGCGGGCUCCAUUCCCAAUCCCUCAUGGCUUGGGCUUACUGCAUGGCCAGCAUCCACAUUAGAACAGUAUCCUACCAGGGAUCAGGGCAUCCUCCUGUCGCACUGGCAGUACCUCUGCCACAUGUGAUCCAGGCUGGACUUUGUCUGAUGGGCACUGCCCAGGGCACAGUCCUGUCACAGAGUCCAGUACUGCUCCACGCAUAGUCCUGGCACAGGAGCCAGCCAGUCUGGAUGUUGUGGAGGCUGCCAGCAGGUAAGACUGCCAGUGCUGUGUGGACCCACUGUUAGCCAUGGAGCAGAAAGAUGCAAUCAGGCAGGAGCUGGGAAGCCUCCAUGGCAUCCCCCUUUUCAAGAGUUUCAUCGAGGGCUGGCCACAGGUGAAGGCUUUCAAAGCCCGUCCAGAUGACCUGCUCAUCUCCACCUACCCCAAAUCAUGCACAACAUGGCUGAGCGAGAUCAUGGACAUGAUCUACCAUGAUGGCAAUGUGGAGAAGUGCCGACGGGAUGCCAUCUACAACCGCGUGCCCUUCCUAGAAAUGAAGGUUUCCAAGGGUCUGAGUGGCAUUGAGCAGCUGGAGAAAACCCCAUCCCCGCGGCUGGUAAAGACCCAUCUCCCAGUCCAGCUCCUCCCGACCUCCUUCUGGGAGAAGGACUGCAAGAUUGUCUACAUGGCCCGCAAUCCCAAGGAUGUUGUCAUCUCCUACUACUUCUUCCACCAGAUGGCCAUGAUACACCCUGACCCUGGCACAAAAGCUGAGUUCUUGGAGAACUUCAUGGCUGGCAAAGUGGCCUACGGGUCCUGGUAUGACCAUGUGCGCGAAUGGUGGGAGAAGAGGCAGGAGAAGAAGAUACUCUACCUCUUCUAUGAGGAUAUGAAGAAGGACCCACGGCGGGAGGUGCAGAAGAUCUUGCAGUUCCUGGGAAAGGAGUUGGCGGAGGGAACAGUGGAGAGGAUCCUGCACCACACCUCCUUCCAGGAGAUGAAGAAGAACCCUGCUGCCAACUAUGAGACCAUGCUCCCCACCUUGAUGGAUCACGCCUCUCUCUCCCCCUUCCUCCGGAAAGGGAUCUCUGGAGACUGGAAGAACCACUUUACUGUGGCCCAGAAUGAGCGCUUCAACCAGCACUACCAGGAGCACAUGGCAGGUUCUGACCUCCACUUCCAGAUGGAAGUGUGAGAGGCUCAUCUCCUUUCCCAAGAGGACUGUGAUUCUCCUUGCUCUCCCAGUAGGGAGGGUGAAUCCAGAUGGAGAUUCUUGCACUAAUUCACUUUCCCCCCUGCAAUAAAUUGUGAUAAAUGGA